CUGCGGGGCUGUCAGGGCCGUCGGAGGGCAGGGAGUGACACCAAGGUGACUGAGGGGAGGCUGUAUAAAAUGCUGGCGCCGCGCAGCCCACUCCAAAGACGAGGACAGCAGCCGGAGUCGUCCGUGUGCCCAUCCCCUGCCGCGCACGACCACAGGCCGGCGCAGUGAUGACUGCGAGAGCAGAGAUUGCGAGCUGGCCAGAGUACCCCGAGGACUUCGGCCUGCAGCAGCAGCAGCAGCAGCAGCAGCCGCAGCGCAGCCUGGCCCACAUCCACUCCAAAAGUUGGAUUUCUUCGAACUCGGUCCGCGCGUUCUCGAGGAGGGACGCGCACGGAGCUGCGGACGCGGGCAUCUCGCUGGAGCGACUCGUGCCAACGCGCACACUGCCCGAGUGCCUGUCGUCUGCAGGCGCCACAGAGGCCGACUGCGAGCAGGCAGCCGCGGGGGGCCAGGUGGGCCACUUCGGCCCCCACAAGCACCGGCGCGUCGCCGCCAACGCCCGGGAGAGGAGGAGGAUGCACGGCCUGAACAAGGCGUUCGACGAGCUGCGGAGCGUCAUCCCUUCAAUGGAGAACGAGAAGAAGUUGUCCAAGUACGACACCCUCCAAAUGGCGCAGAUUUACAUCACCGAGCUGUCGGAGCUCCUGGACGACGUGGUUGAGUCGGAGUGCUCGGCGGACAAGACCUCCAGGAGGAGUCUGGUCCACUCCGGAGAGCCGCGGGACCCCAACGCCUCCCUGGGCCACCUCAUCAUAUACGGACCCACGUCUGACCUGGGGUCAAACACUUCCACGGCCUCUUACUCACUCAACAGCAGUGAUGGGGAAUCGUCACAUCUCAGUGACGUGGAGGAGAGUCAGAACGGGAGACAGUGACACAGAAGAGAACCAAAUGUCUCAGCUCAUAUGAUAGUCCUGCAUAUAUUCUCCUGUCUUGAUUGAUUAGAUGUUGCACUGCCAAAUGAAAAAAAAAAAGCCCGACCUUUAUUUUUUUACUUCCUAAAGCCCUUUAUGCACUUUAUAUGUCUUGAACAUCACCAAUGGAGUUUUCAGUGUCAUUGGUGAUAUUUGUCUAAAUUAAUUAACAGUUAUUUUGAUAUUUAUGUUUAGCUAUGGGGUAUUUUGUGUCUGCAUUGUUUUGCUACAAUAAAGAUAUUGUUAAGAAAUGAG